UCCGCGCGGCUUCACCUGCAGUUCGGAGCGCGCGGAACAGAGGCGCGGGCGGCUGCGAGGCCGGCGGACGCACGGGCCGGAGAGAGCGCGCCGCCGGCCGGACUUGGCCUUGCUCCCGGAGCCGAAGCGGGGAGCGCGGAGGCGCAGCCGGGCUGGAGGCUCGGGACCGGCGAUCGGCGGCGGCGGCGGCGGAGAGCGGGCUCCGAGCACCGGGCGGGAGCCGGGGCGCGGCGCGGCGGGGAAGAUGACCGCGGGCGCUGGCGUGCUGCUAGUGCUGCUGUCGCUCUCCGAUGCGCUCCGGGCCCAUAAUGAGGAUCUUACAGCCAGAGAGACCUGCAAGGCUGGGUUCUCCGAAGAAGAUUACACGGCCUUAAUCUCACAAAAUAUUCUGGAAGGGGAGAAGCUACUCAAAGUCAAGUUCAGCAGCUGUUUGGGGACCAAGGGGACACAAUAUGAGACCAACAGUGUGGACUUUAAAGUCGGAGCAGACGGGACAGUCUUUGCCACCCGGGAGCUACGGGUCCCCUCCAAGCAGGUGGCAUUCACGGUGACCGCGUGGGACCACCAGACCGCCGAGAGAUGGGAUGCUGUGGUGCGGCUCCUGGUGGCCCAGACCUCGUCCCCAUACUCUGCACACAAGAAAGGAAGGAAGAGUGGGGCUCCAGAUCCCUCCCCGCCUCCAAAAGACACGCUGCUGCCGUGGCCCCAGCACCAGACCUCCAGCGGGCUGAGACGACAGAAACGGGACUGGGUCAUCCCGCCCAUCAACGUGCCGGAAAAUUCCCGUGGGCCCUUCCCACAGCAGCUCGUGAGGAUCCGGUCUGACAAAGACAACGACAUCCCCAUCCGCUACAGCAUCACGGGCGUGGGCGCCGACCAGCCCCCCAUGGAGGUCUUCAGCAUUGACUCCAUGUCUGGCCGCAUGUACGUCACCCGGCCCAUGGACCGGGAGGAGCGAGCCUCCUACCAUCUGCGCGCCCACGCUGUGGACAUGAAUGGUAACAAGGUGGAGAACCCCAUCGACCUGUACAUCUACGUGAUUGACAUGAACGACAACCGCCCCGAGUUCCUCAACCAGGUGUACAACGGCUCCGUGGACGAGGGCUCCAAGCCAGGCACCUACGUGAUGACAGUCACCGCCAAUGAUGCUGACGACAGCACCACAGCCAAUGGGAUGGUUCGGUACCGCAUCGUGACCCAGACACCCCAGAGCCCGUCCCAGAACAUGUUUACCAUCAACAGCGAGACAGGAGACAUCGUGACGGUGGCGGCCGGCCUGGACCGGGAGAAAGUUCAGCAGUACACAGUCAUUAUUCAGGCCACAGACAUGGAGGGAAAUCUUAACUACGGCCUCUCAAACACAGCCACAGCCAUCAUCACAGUGACAGAUGUGAACGACAACCCGCCAGAGUUCACCACGAGUACGUUUGCAGGGGAGGUCCCUGAAAACCGCAUAGAGAUGGUGGUGGCAAACCUCACUGUGCUGGACCGAGAUCAGCCCCACUCGCCAAACUGGAAUGCUGUCUACAGAAUCAUCAGCGGGGACCCCUCUGGGCACUUCAGUGUGCGCACCGACCCUGUCACCAACGAGGGCAUGGUCACCGUGGUGAAGGCUGUGGACUACGAGCUGAACAGAGCCUUCAUGCUGACCGUGAUGGUGUCCAACCAGGCGCCACUGGCCAGUGGGAUCCAGAUGUCCUUCCAGUCCACAGCGGGCGUGACCAUCUCAGUCAUGGACGUCAACGAGGCCCCCUACUUCCCCUCCAACCACAAGCUGAUCCGCCUGGAGGAGGGUGUGCCCACGGGCACUGUGCUAACCACGUUUUCAGCCGUGGACCCCGACCGGUUCAUGCAACAAGCUGUGAAAUACUCAAAGCUGUCAGACCCUGCAAACUGGCUGCAAAUUAACACCACCAAUGGUCAGAUCACCACGGCAGCCGUCCUUGAUCGAGAGUCCCUCUACAUCAAAAACAACAUCUACGAGGCCACCUUCCUGGCAGCUGACAACGGGAUACCCCCAGCCAGUGGCACCGGGACCCUCCAGAUCUAUCUCAUUGACAUCAAUGACAACGCCCCUGAGCUGCUGCCCAAGGAGGCCCAGAUCUGCGAGAGGCCCGGCCUGAAUGCCAUCAACAUCACAGCUGCUGAUGCUGACGUCGACCCCAACAUCGGCCCCUACGUCUUUGAGCUACCCUUCGUCCCAGCUGCUGUGCGCAAAAACUGGACCAUCACACGCUUAAACGGUGACUAUGCUCAGCUAACCCUGCGCAUCUUGUACCUGGAGGCCGGGGUGUACGACGUCCCCAUCAUUGUCACAGACUCUGGGAACCCGCCCCUGACUAACACGUCCAUCAUCAAAGUCAAGGUGUGUCCAUGUGACGACAAUGGUGACUGCACCACCAUCGGCGCAGUGGCAGCAGCUGGUCUGGGCACCGGGGCCAUCGUCGCCAUCCUUAUCUGCAUCCUCAUCCUGCUGACCAUGGUCCUGCUAUUCGUGGUGUGGAUGAAGCGGCGGGAAAAGGAGCGCCACACGAAGCAGCUGCUCAUCGACCCCGAGGACGACGUGCGUGACAACAUCCUCAAGUACGACGAGGAAGGCGGAGGCGAGGAGGACCAGGACUACGACCUUAGCCAGCUGCAGCAGCCAGAAGCCAUGGAGCACGUGCUGGGCAAGGCUCCUGGGGUACGGAGGGUGGACGAGCGGCCUGUGGGUGCUGAGCCCCAAUACCCAGCCAGGCCUGUGGUGCCCCACCCAGGUGACAUCGGUGACUUCAUCAACGAGGGGCUCCGAGCAGCUGACAAUGACCCCACGGCACCCCCCUAUGACUCUCUGCUGGUCUUCGACUAUGAGGGCAGCGGCUCAACCGCAGGCUCUGUCAGCUCCCUGAACUCGUCCAGCUCCGGGGACCAAGACUACGAUUACCUCAACGACUGGGGUCCCAGGUUCAAGAAGCUGGCAGACAUGUACGGAGGUGGCGAGGAGGACUAGCUGACCGCCAGUCUCUGGACUGAAACAAGAGCAGCGCUGGGACACGGAGGAGCAGGACUGAGCAGAGGCCGGCGCUCCGACCCUCCCGUGCCGCCACCGCCAGUGUUAGGAGGCCCCGCCUCCCUGGCACUGAGCUGUCUAGCAUGAACACUCCCCCAGCGCCCGCGCCGCCGACUUGUCACUGAGGAGAGCAAGAGGCACUCUGUCUUAACUUGAAUUUCUCAGAGCAGGAGCACUGUUUAAAAAAAUUGAAAGUGCCUUUUGGUGCAUGUAUCAGAUUCCCUCAAACUCAGGAGUGACCAGCAGCAGACAGGCACGUUCACCCCACCCCAGCCCCAAGCAGCCCCACUCACCCCAGCAUCCGUUAAGGAAGGAACGGGAGAGAAUGUGUCUUUCUUUUUUUAUUAUUUUUUUAUUUUUUAAUUGGUCUUUUCUUAAGAAAAGGAAAGUGGGUGACUCAUUUGAAAAAACAAAUUUGGGGUCUAAAUCCCAGCAGCCUUUGCUGUGCAGAGUCUCCCCCAGGGGGCCCCAGGCCAGCUGGGGCAGGGGUUCAGCCUUCAGUUUCCGCAGCAGAGGUCCCCGGGGCUAGCAGGACCAUAGACUUGGGCCUUCACCCCAGUUUGUGGCCACUCCCCCUAACCACUCCCAGAUGCUAUGAAUAGCUGCGGCACACGGGGUCCAAGGGACCAUCUGAGACAUUCCCAUCACUGCCCUCAGCCACACCCUGGCCCCCAGUCAGCCAAGGCCACUAUCCGGGCCAUCUGUCACCCCAAAUGCCACCCAGGAGAGUAUACGUCCAAGAAAACACAGCUCAAACCUGCAAAGCCCUGGCCUGAGCCCUCCAUGGCUGUGACUGGACUCUAGGGGACCCCAUCAAAGGCCCCAAGAACAUGUGGCCAACCCUGGAGCUGUGUGGGUGGCUGGACACUGACUCCUUCCAGCUGCAGACACUGGCCAGCCUCUUGAUUCCUGCAGGACACUCUAGCAAACCCUGUCCCCUGCCCAUGUGGACGUACACCCUGCCCCGUCUGUGUGGACAGCAGAGCUCUGCUCCAGAUGGCUAGAGAGAGCCUGCCAUCCUCCACACACCGGAAACUGUAAAUUCCUUUCCUUGGGCCCAUGUCAGCCACGAGCAGCCCCUAGGGACAGUGGGGCCAUCAUCCCUCAGAGCCGGCAUUGCUCCAGGGGCAUUUGAUUCUCAAGCUCAACUAGGGGAGGAUAGCAAAGGAGCUGUGCCCAAGGACCCAGGGCAGCUCCAGCUGGGAUGGGAGGCACACCUUGUGCAUUCCCUCUGCAGGGUAGCCAAGGCAGGGGCAGGCUCCCUCGACAGGGGCCUGUGUAUGGUCAGCUUUCUGGCCCACCCAGACCACACACAACACACUCCUUGGGGAAGGGGGUGAGGGUGGCAGUGGCCCUGGGCAGGACUUGGUGCCAGAGUCCCCUUACCGAGGAGGGGGCCCCAGCAUCGACACCUGCUGAGCACACCAGGGGGCAUGGGAAGUCCAGGAUACCUUUGGGGGCAGCAUGUUCUCCACUUGGGGUAUGUGGUCUGCUGCCUUCCUCAGCCUAUGGCCUGCAUCAUUGCUAAAAUCACCCCUUUUCUAAGCUGCUCCAGCCUGAGGGCACAAGCAUGUGCCACUCGUGUGGCAUGUUUCCAUGGAUGUCAGGGUCUCUCUCUCAACCAAACCCAUCUGCCACUCUUACCCCUCCCAUGACUGGCCAGAAAGGGAGGGUGGGCUGGGGCACCGGGACAGGAACAGGGCACCCCACCACACAGGCAGCCAGGCCAGGAGCAGGCACAGCAGCCAUGGAGUGGCCUCCAGGCUAAGCUGCUAUGCAUAUGAGGGUGUCCUGAGUGUCUGGGCCAUGGAUUGUGGCAGGUGGGACCAGGGGAGGGGAGCCAGGGUUUCUGUUUUUGUUGUUUUGGAAAGUUUAUCCUUCAGUCCAAAUCCUAAGCCUGAGAAGUGUGAGUGGGUUGUUGUCAGCAUGUCUGGACGUGGGCACUGAGGCAGCAUGAACUCUUCUCUCUGGCUCCCAGCAGAAGUGAGCAGCAUGUCUGCACCUGCCUCCCUCCUCUCCCAACACCUGUCAUGGCCAAGCCCCCCUUGCAUUUGGCUGAAAUCCCACAGGCCAAAGCUGCAGCACCAGCUAGGGGACACCCACAGGCUCCCCGGCACCUCCUGCUGCCUUCCCUGCCCCUACCCCAUCAGCCCUAGGGGCUAGAGAAAGAUGAGCUCCCAGAUCCUCGCAGACCCAGCUCCCCACUGAGUUGGAAUCAGCUCAACACACAAUGUCACAAGUCUCUUUUGUAGCCUGUAGAUAGACUGGGUGAUUAGGCAGCAACACAGAGAGCAAGGGGCGGGGUCUAGUUCCCUUAGGGAAUGUUUGUCCUGGGAGAGGGAGCAGCAGCACCACAGGGUGGACCAGCCAGAGCAGAGGCCGUCCCUGCCCAGCCACAGGCGCCCCACUCCGGCCCACAGGGUGUAUCUUGAGUCUUACAGCAUGUCCACAGCACUAGGCCUCCAGCCACCAUAACAGCCAACUGGCCCCCAGAGAUGUCUCAGUUUCCCUAGCAUGUGCACCAGCAGACACACACGGUCCACGGAGAUGACAACUCUGUUCUCUCCAAGGUAAAAAGUCGGAGGAGAGGGAGUAUCCAUUUCUGCCCAGUGUGAGUGCUAAACGGGGAGAAAUCAGAACGGAAGCUCCUGCGCAGAGCGCCGUGAUGCACAUCCAUAGAUUCUGCUCGGCACGGCCCGUCCAGUGGGGUCCACCUCUGUGUACAAUUGGAACGCAUCUUACUUUUCCUUUCUCUCCUUUUUCAUUCUGAUUUUUUGCAUGUUUCUUUUUGAAAAUGGACAAAAUGUGUAGCAGCCCGCAUGACCGUGGUUGUUUCGGGAAAGAUUCUGGAGUAUGAUGUGUUCACACUGCAACUCUGAGCAUUGCGCGGUUAGACAGAUGUUCCAACUUUUUUUGUAAUUGUCAACAGCACAACUAUUUUGUAUUGUUGUUUGUAUCAUUUUGUACCAAAAA